AUGACCUCUCCAUGGGCGACACUGGAUUCGACUCCAGGCCGGCGCGUUUUCUUUCGUCCCCUCGGGAACACAGAAACAUCCUUCUAUUGGGAUAGCGUUUUCAACAGCACCGCAGAUACCGUGAUGCACAUACACCUUCGCACCACACAAGCUGAUGACCGAGACGUUCAUUCGCAACAGAAUGUCAUGCGUUCUUGGGCAUCUGUCAAAAGACGCUUUCCCCUCAUCGCGACUGAAGUGCAAGAACACGAGUCUGGUCCACGAUUCAUUCUCCGUGAAGAAUCGGUCAUGAAUCUUCGACCUAAUGAUGUCACAUUCACGGAGGUCAAUUCCUUUCAUCAAGCCGAAUGUUUCAUAAACGACAUUAUGGAUGGACCCCGGCGCCUUUCAUCUCAAUUACUUGCUCGUGCUUACAUUUUGCGCCGAACAGACCAAAAUGACCAUUUCCACGUCGUGAUUAUGAUGGCCCACUGCAUUACGGAUGCAGCGGCCACAAGCACAGUGCUUAGGACGUUCUUUGACACAUUGUCAUCGCGGAUUGAGCCACCGUAUAUUCCUCUAAGCGAGAGGGUGCAUAUGUACCAGCCUUUAGAGAGUCGUUCAUGUUCUGGGGAUCUUCCACUUGUCAAACGACGGUGGAGGCGGGCUUUAGGUCAUGCAAUUUUUUCAGUAUGGAGCUCCAAAUUUAAGGGCGGCCAUACCCUCCCUGGAAACUUCAGGGAAUCCACACCUCAUACCCCCGCUAAAACACGCAUCCACGUCUCUGGGUUUUCGAGAGCAGUGUCAUCACUCAUUCUCUCCAAUUGUCGUCGUCAUAGCAUUACCAUGAACUCCGCAUAUUAUGCCCUCAGCCAAGUGGCCUUCUCGCGGGUUCUAUGUCGACGGUACCUCAGGGGCCAGAUCUCGGAAGAAGAGUGGGAGUACAGGAAGCGCCAACCCAUGCAUGUACUAGGGCCGCUGAACUUGCGCCCGUAUCAAGACAGGGACUGGUUUGAGACAGGCGGCUCGGGUGAUGUUGGUGUUAAUAUGAGCGUCUUCCGGUACACGCUUCCAUUCAUGCCUCUUGGCGAAAUGUCUAGGGGGGACGCAAGUAGGCUGGAACUUGUCAACGGGGCACCAGACUUCGCGGCACUCAUGUCUUUUGAUCGGUUUCUUCUCCGGUGUGCUCAUGUGAAGGCACAAGCACAGAAGGUGCUCAAGCACCCGCGGUUAGUCGAUAUAUGCACCGCCGGACACAAUCGGGUUGCUUUCGCGAGGGAAGUUGCUUUGAAGUGGCUAGAAAGGGAAGAGAGCGUUCACCCAGAAGAUAGUUGCGGAAGCAUAAGACCCGUUCAGGCUUUAAACCCAAUUUUCACGCAAAUAGGAUCCACCCUGGGCAAUAUGGAUGACACGGUACCCGUGGACUAUCCUCUACCUCCCGAGCAGUACUUGUCGCCCCUGUGCAGCACGCCUCAUCACCAUCGGGCUGGUUAUCCACUGUGGUCACCGCCCGCUGCUGCUGUCGAGGACGCCAAAACACCGCGACUCCAUGUUGAGUAUUGGCGCACUCAUCUUCAUACGCGUCCUGCCGAGCUAUAUGUUGGAGCGUCAUCUGCGCGCCAGCAGUUGCAAUAUUUUGCCUUCUACGAUCAGCACGUUUUCAGUGAUGAAAUCAUCGUGGAGUGGAUGCGUGAGCUGAAGGAUGCCACGCUGUGGUAUCUGGGACAGCCUCGUGGUAAUGAAACACAUUUACAGAGCAAAAUGUAG